ACAACACUCCGACUGACCCUUUUUCUUAUUUGCAUAACACGAUGCCGGCCGCUUACGUGUUGCCACUCGGCCACUUUGAUUACAAUUAGAGCGACAAACGGUAAUUGUGGCGCGCGAGCGGUAGAUUAUAUCUGUAGCGAGAGAAUCGCCAUACGUCUGAAAUUAGCCGGACAUGGGUUUUUAGUACACUUAUUCAUCCAAAUAAAAUAAGAUUACUAACCAACGAAGCAUAGGCGUUUUAAGUUCUUACUGAGUCCCUGGUUGAGUUGAGCCAUCCUUGUUGAGUUUUUUGGUUUAUGGGCUUAAAAUCCAAAUUAACGAUGAAGUGAUGGCAACGCUAAGGCACUAGCAGGUGCGUCGCGUGCGCCCGUAUCAUCGUAUGUGGAGCACAGCGUGUCGGAGUAACGGUGCGGUGCGUGGAUCUCACCAUUGUUUCGCUUCAUCUCGCCGGCGAUGGGUGUGCACACUGUACAGUGUGCGGUGUGCAGUAGUGCGGCGACGCGACUGUGCGCGCGCGGUUCACUCCUCGAGCGUGGUCGGUGGUUCAGGCGGCGGCUGCGGCACGGCGCCGGCCUUGUCCCUGCACUGCACUCACGGGGUCUAAUGCGUUCCUCCUACAGUCUACUGUAGCACAGUUUAAGGUCGAGACAGAAACCCUUCACCAGCGCUGCAGCAACUGCUGGCCACCAUCCGGGACGCGUGGGCCGAACCCACCUCGCUCUUCUACCGCUGUGCGACGCUGAGCCGCCCCCCGCACCGCCCGCACCGGCCCUCCGCCUCCCGCGCGCCACACAUGCUCCAGCGCGUGCAGCUGGCCGAGCUGCCGCCGCGGCCCGACGCCUCGCCGGGCCUGCUGCGGCGCCGUUACUCUGUGCCAGAGACCAUCAUGAGAAAGUACCGCGUGGCGCAGCAGCGCGCCGAGUGCGAAGAGAGCGAGCCGCCGUCUCGCGGCUCGGCUGCUUCGCUAUCGCCAGCGGGGCGCGGCGCAUGCUCGCCGUGCGCGGCGCCGCGGUUUGCACGUGACCGCGAGCUCAUGCGGAAGUCUGCGCUCUUGCGGCGCAUGUGGGGCCGCGCGCCGCCGCCCUGCUGCUGUUGCUGCCGCGCGGACCUGACGCCGCGGCACGCACGUUCUCUGGACGGCUCACACUCGGAGCUUCGCCCUCGAAGCCGCGUGGGUGAUCCUCCCGUCGACCUCUCUGUGUCUACGUAUCGAUCACACGUGCGCGCUGCUUCCUCCUGCAUUGACACCAUCACAGAUGCGCUGACGGACACAGAUGUGUGGCGCUCGGACGAGCGAGCUGCCACACCACACGGCGAGCACUCCUCCGCCGCGGUCACCGCUGAGAUCGACUCUGAGGUGGGUGUGAUGGCGGGGCGCAGGCCGCUCUCCACAUCUUCCUCCACAAAUCCCAUGACCGCGGUACACGCCGCGUGUGAUGACACCCACAUGAUCAACCGAGGUCGUCUCGGGCGACGUCUCUACGCGUCAGAUGCACCAUCAACUUGCGAGAUGUUGGAGAUUGUCGUGUCAGAGAUCGUGGACACUCGCGAUGCAGUCGAUCUUGGGCCGGCCGCUCCGCCGCCGACGCCGGGACUUCCCCGGGCGGUGCGCGCUAACACGCCUCGUCUCGGAGCCAACGUCGACGAUGUUAAUAUCGACGAAUAUGUGUCCAGCGUGCUGGUGGAGAGCCUCAACUCGUUGAGCGAUCGAUUAGAAUGUGUCACCGCGGCAGCCGGCUGCGAUAGAAAGAUUAGCGUCGUCGAAAAGGAGAUUAAGGUGAAGUUGCAAAGCACUGGAGUGAACACCAUUGUGCAUUUGAGCCCCACCUCCAACAACCAGAUCAUAUUCGGAAAUGAGGAGUUAUGUGACAGCGUCGGUGGGGCCGGCGAGGGUGACGGGGGCGCCAGUGCCAAACGUGACGGGUGCAACAACCGCCACGAUACGCUCAACAUCCGCGACGAGACGCUGCACGACCAGCACAAUAACAACGUCGGCUCACCGCUCACAGUGCGCUCGCCCCUUACGCCACGUUCACCCCGCUCACCGCGGUCUCCACACUCUCCACGUACGCCCCGGUCUCCGCGCUCGCCUCGCUCGCCGCCAGACCGCAUGCGUAUCACUGAGUUCGAUGGUGGCGGCGCUGGCGGUACUGGCAGCGGUCAGAACGACAACGUGAAUAGGGCUGUUCUGCAACAGAUACAGAAACUUUUUCAAGACGAAAUGCACAGUCUGGAUACGGACGGGACCCGUUCAGGGAGCACCCUGCCUGCCAUAUCACAUAUUGAAAUAUCUGACGUGGACGUCUUCAUAGACAAUAACACGAACGUCGCAGAGGGUGAGCACAACACUGGCCGCAGCCACGAUACCGCCUCGACACAUCCUAUAGGAGUAGUGGGCGCUCGUAAUUACUUUGAAAACGCUGAUGAUAAUGUGGUUGUACCGAGAUUUUCGGCAUUCCCUCACACUGACUCUAUGGAGGUAAACACUUCGUCUUCUGACGACGCUGAAAUGGUUGCGUCUGACUGUACCAGCCUCGUGGAUAGCUUGGACGACCCCAACUCGCCACGCUCCGUAAUGCUGCGCCGGUCGUUCGGCGCAGGUGGCAGGCGCGCCGAGCUCGUCCGCUCCGCCAUCGACGUGCUCGAUCUGCUGCCCGAGAGCGCCGCCGGAGAACACGACACGCCCCACAAAGACAAGGGCGAGGCCUUUUUCAUCCGUAUCAAAGACAACGACUGCGAAUGUGACAAGGAAAACGUUAACGUAGCUGACCGCAUGCCUGAGAAAAUCCGACAGAGACUAUACCGGCGUCACCGACGGCGGCAGCUACGCAUGGAGUGCGCGCGCCGCACCAAGGCCAAGCAGUUGAAGCGCGACGGCGAUCGCCAGCGGCUCGAGGAGAGCCGCGCGCGCCGCCUCGUCGAGCGCGACUGCGUUGCCAUCAUCAGCGCGCUUAUCGAUGACGUCAUCACCAAGAUCGCGCAGGACGAGUAUAAGGUCGCGCGGAUCAAGAGAAGAUCCGACAAACCAUCGGCCACCAAAAGUGACGAAACUCUUACCAAGCGAAACAGAAAAAAAGAUAUACGCUCACCCAGUGAAGAAAGAAAACCCGAGAGGAACGCGAAGCGCGUCGAACUUGAGCGAGAUGUGCACGAAACAAGUCACGUACGUGGCAAGCUGUCCCUUGUGCCGCGCACCACGCUGCCGCCUGACGACGCCCGCCCACGACGUCUCUACCAAAAGUCCGAGAUACACGAUGGAAACAAGUGCAUCGAAAUACUAGAGAUCCUCGAAUACGUGAACGGGACUCACAGCACUCCGGAGACACCCUCGGACGAGAGUCCCGGCGUGCACGCCAGAUCCGGAAGGCGAUCACGAAUACCUAUACCGGUGCAUGAAAAACCGCCUAAGAUCAAUAAAACUAAUACGAGGAAUUCGUCCAGCGACGAACGACUCUCACCACCAGUUCCCAUGGAAAAUAACAGAAGCCUAUGCGAUGCAAACGCAAACGUGUCUUCGACAGACACAGGGCGACCACAAAGAAACAACCCCAGCGAGUCGGCCGUCCUCACCGGAGCGGCGGCCGCGCGGCGCGCCUCAGUGCCCCCCGUCAACGAACCGCGACCGCGCUCCGACUCGCUUCGUUUUCGACGUAUAUUCGACAUCAUCCCUGAGGAGCGCAGCAGCGUCAGCAUAGAUUCCUCACCAGACGAUAUAGACCGCAGGCGGUCCUCUCCAACGCUGAGACCGCCACCGGCCACCCGGAGCGUCGCCACAUCGCCGCUCGCCAACGUCGAGUCCAAAGUGGACAAGUGUUUGGCGGCGGCGGCGCCGCCAGCAUGUGCAGGUGGACCGCUGCGUGUGAAGGGCGGCGAAGGAGGCGCGCGCGAGCGAAGCCGGCGCACACGCGUUUGGCCCACGCUGGCGCGCCGCGAUGAAGGUUCCCGGGAGAAAAUGGAACGUGCGGGGCGCCGACAGGGCCGACAGGCGCGGGUCGAGGACGCCGCUCCUGACCCAUACGAGAGCAAGGGGAAGGGAGUGCGCGGAAUCGGCGCGAGGGCCGAGCGAAGAAUAAAUCGCUCUAAAUCCGAGUCCCGCGACUGCAGGGCGAGCUGCCUUGCGGCGCCGACUCGGUCCUAUAACGGCGCAGGGCUUGAUCAUAACAGCCGACGUCAUGAGCGAGAGCCAGACUGUAAAGGAAGCCAGGAGGAGUCCAGUCAUGGUGCCAGCCGCCCCACCGCUUCCCCCACUGAGGGCGAGGGCUCCAGCUCCAGCGGCGAGUCGGGCGGCAGCCUGCUGUGUCCGCUGGCACCGCGCUGGCUAGCGGGACAAGCGCGCCGCCGCCGCCGCCGCACCGACCAUGACCAACCGGGCGGGUGGACGGUGACGGUGGCGGGAUCGUGUCGCGCCGCGCUGCCAGCCGAUGUCGAGAUGCGGCUGCGAUUCCCGCGCCGCGAGCCCCGUGACUCGCACAACACCGCCGCCCCCGCCCCCGCACCGCACGCUCACCCUACCGCCGUGCACCAGGAGUGUCAGUGCCGUCGUUGGGCGGACUGCGCAUGCUCCGCGCCGUCGGAGCGCGCUGCCGUGCCGCCACCAUUGCCCGCAGCGCCUACGCACCACCACGCACAUCUGGUGAAACCUGACGGCAAGCUCACACUGACCCUCAAAAAGGAGGCUCGUGACUCCUCGAUUCUUGCUUCGAAGAGUACUAGGAGGUCAACCGAGCCGUUACCGGACCUGGAGACUUACAAGUCUUCGCGCACCAAAACCAAAAGCUCCAUGAAGACGCGACGGGGAUACUCCCUGCACUGCUGGCUGCCAGACGACGAGUCCGCGCCCAUAAGGCCGAGUGACGGGCUGUCGGUGCUGGGCUGCGCCAUCAUCCCGGAGCUGAAGCCGCGCGUGCCCACCAUGAGCGAGCGCGACCUCACGCGUCUCUACACGCCGCGACACUACCUGCGUUCAUAACGCUCGCGCCAACACAAUAUUUAUAAUAUAAUGUACUUAUAAUUAUUCCGGCCCGAUUUGUAAAUAAAAUAUUUAUCUCAUUAU